AGCAACAAGCUAACUUCGUGAAAACACUCAGAGGUGAAAGUGGCAGCCAUGAACCGACCAGGGGUUGGUGGGGCUUCUUCAUCUGUGAGCUUCUCCACAAGGGUAACUGAAGAUCGAUGCUCACCGUCAGAUCUAACAGAGGAGGACUUAGACUAUCUACGGUUUGAACUCUCAAAGAUAGAGGAUGAAAUUCAGACCCUGCGACAGGUGCUUUUGGUCAAAGAAAAAUAUGCGACAGACAUCAGGAGGCAGCUGGGUAUGAGUCCUCUCAGUAACCUCAAACAGAACCUGUCCAAAGGCUGGCAAGACGUCCAGACCUCAGCCCCGUAUCUCACAGCCUCUGCCACUUUGGAGGACAUCAGCCACUCCGACAUAUGUGUGAGGACACGGGAGAGACUCUCUCAUGCAGGCCAGGCAACAUCUUCUGCGCUGUCCAAUAUGGGCGUGGUCAUCACCAGGAGACUGGCAGAGAUGAGAGCUCUGCCUCUCCCGAGCCCACCACGCACCCUCAGCCACACCAUAAGUGUCCCCACUAUGAGACAUUCCUCUACAUUCAAGUCUUUUGAGGAAAUGGUCGGCAAUGUGAAGGACAAGGUGACUGGCAGUCUGGCAAAUAAUGGUGACACCUCUGGGUUUGAAAGAAGAUCCUCACGCCACAGCACAAGAGAUGGCCCCUUCUAACAUAUCACAGUCAAUUAUUUUUCAUACAUGCAAAGUUCUGAAAUGAUGUUAUUCGUCCAUGUGAAUUUGUCCACUUAUUUCUGACUGUUGGUAUUGAUACAAUAUGACUAAUAGAAUGUAUUAAAUCUGCAAACAUGUUUUAAACUUCAAAGUAAAAAUAGUAUUUUACUACUUUUACUAUGUGAAUACAUUAUAUUUCUGCAUGUCGGAUAAGUGUUGUUUAUUGAAGAGUUAUUUAUUUUGACCUGUGAUUGCAGUUAAAUAAUCUUCCCAAAUAAAUUACAAUAUGCAUUCAUUGACAUUA